UUGUUUGGUUUGCACGUUUACCGUUAGAUUAAUCAUCGUUAUUGAUAUCUACAUUCAAAGGAGUGUCAAGUUGUUGCGUUUAUCACGAUCAUCUAAUUGAUUUUACUUGAAGAAAUUAAAAUUAUUCUGCCACAAUGUCGAGUACAUCACAAAAACAUAGAAACUUUGUUGCUGAGCCUAUGGGAGAAAAACCUGUAACUGAGCUAGCUGGCGUCGGUGAGGUAUUGGGAAAGAGAUUGGAAACGGCGGGAUUCGACAAGGCCUACACGGUGUUGGGACAAUUUCUUGUAUUAAAGAAAGAUAAAGAGCUUUUCCAAGAAUGGCUGAAGGACACAUGCAAUGCUAACUCUAAACAAUCUGCAGACUGUUAUCAGUGUUUGAAAGAUUGGUGUGAUGAGUUUUUGUAAUAAUAAUCUCAAUACAUAAUAAUUUAAAUAAAUAAAUAACAUUCUUACAUUUUUAAGAUAAUGUAAA